AUGUCACCAAACGGAGCACUUUCUUUCCUCCCUCCUGGAGUCAUCACGGGAGACAACGUCAGGAAACUAUUCGAAUAUGCUCGUGAAAAUAAAAACGUAACAUCCUCUUCUGUCGUCAACGGUGUACUUGAGGCCGCCAGAGAUAUCAAAUCCCCUAUUAUCCUUCAAGUCUCUCAGGGUGGUGCAGCCUUUUUUGCCGGUAAAGGUCUGGCGAAUGGAAACCAAGAAGCUUCCAUUGCUGGUGCUGUUGCUGCCGCUCACUUCAUUCGGGCUAUCGCUCCCAGCUAUGGAGUCCCCGUCGUACUCCAUUCCGACCACUGUGCCAAAAAGCUGCUGCCGUGGUACGAUGGGAUGCUCGACGCCGAUGAGGCCUACUUCAAGGAGCACGGCGAGCCUCUUUUCUCAUCUCACAUGCUCGACUUGUCAGAGGAGAGCAAGGCCGAGAACAUUGAGAUUUGUGAAAAGUACUUCGCCCGCAUGGCAAAAAUGGGAAUCUGGCUCGAAAUGGAGAUUGGUAUCACUGGUGGGGAAGAAGACGGUGUAGACAAUACCGGUGUCGAUAACGCCUCCCUCUACACCCAACCUGAAGACAUCUACGACGUCUACUCUGCCCUCUCGAAGAUCUCGCCAAACUUCUCUAUCGCCGCCGGCUUUGGUAACGUUCACGGUGUGUACAAGCCCGGUAACGUCAAGCUCAGACCCGAGCUUCUGGGUAUGCACCAAGAGUACACCGCCAAGCAAAUUAGCAAUGGGGAUGCUAAGCCUCUGUUCUUAGUCUUCCACGGUGGUUCAGGAUCUACCAAAGAAGAAAUCGCUACCGCCGUAUCUAACGGUGUAGUCAAGAUGAACGUUGAUACCGAUACACAAUGGGCGUAUCUCUCCGGUGUUCGAGAUUUCGUUUUGAAAAAGAAAGAUUAUCUUUUGACUCAAGUUGGGAAUCCCGAUGGAGCUGAUAAACCUAAUAAGAAGUAUUAUGAUCCCAGAGUAUGGGUCAGAGAAGGGGAGAAAGUUUUGGCGGAAAGAGUUAAAGAAGCUUGUAAAGAUUUAGGUAAUGAAGGAAGGUGUUGA